AUGGACAGCUGCCUGCAAAGCUCCAUCAAGAAAUCCAGGCCUCAUUAUACCAGCAAAGAAGACAUUCUUACUGAAGCCUGUGACUUUCAGCGGUCCCUGCAAGUCCUCCUCUAUAUACGUCUUGGUAAGGGAUUGCAGAUAUCAGGAAACAUUGUUGCACCCAAUUCCAAAUUGGCAUGGAAAGGUUAUCACAUUAAUAGGUGGCUUACCUUCACAAAUGUAAACGGGCUUAUGAUCAUUGGAUCGGGAACAAUCGAUGGUCGAGGGUCUGCUUGGUGGCCACAGCCUUGUCUGUAUAAGGUACCAAAGGGUGUAACAUGCAAAGGACCAACUGCACUGACAUUUGACAAGUGCAAUCACCUGGUGCUCAAGGGAUUGAGACAUAUCAAUAGCCAAAGAAACCAUAUUGCCAUAUCCAACUGCAAAGAUGCUACCAUCUCUAACCUGCAUAUAAGUGCCCCAAGCACAAGCCCCAACACUGACGGUAUUGAUAUUUCCGAUUCGAGCAACAUUCAGAUCAGCAACUCUUCCAUAGGCACCGGGGAUGAUUGCAUUGCUGUUAGCUCGGGUUCGGCCAACAUAAAUAUUACCGGCAUAACAUGCGGGCCUGGGCAUGGCAUCAGCAUUGGAGCAUUGGGUGUUCACGGAGAGAAUGACACAGUAGAGGAAGUGCAUGUGCGGAAUUGUACCUUCAAAGGAACCAUGACAGGAGUUAGAAUCAAGACAUGGCAGGGAGGCGUUGGAUAUGCAAGGAAGAUCUCAUUCGAGAAAAUUAGGCUUAUCCAAGCUGAUAGCCCUAUUAUCAUCGACCAGUACUAUUGCCCCAGUGGAACAUCGGCAAUCAAGAUCAGCGACGUAUCAUACAGCUCGAUUGUUGGAACAUCAACCACAGACAAGGUGAUCAAUUUGAGCUGUGAUCAAAAUGUUGGUUGUAGCAACAUUCAGCUUCAUAAUGUUUAUAUAGAGUCCACAGUUCCAGGGAAGAAGGCCUACUCCUACUGCUUCAACGCACACGGCAAAUACACCCAUACGAGACCUGUUGUGAAUUGCCUGCUGCCUUGA